GUGAGCACUUGGACUGGAGCCAAUCAGCUGUCAGAGGACUGUGAUAAAUCGCAAUGCAUUAUUGAUAAUAAUAAUUACGUUGACAUGCGCGUUUCUACUUGAGGGGCCAAUUUUCCAAGCCGAAGAAUUUAUUGAAGAAGGAGAGGAAAAUUGUUUGCAACUCUUUGCUCCUGAUGGUUGCACCAUGUCGAGGCGCAAGCAAGCCAAACCGCAGCACAUCAACUCCGACGAGCCUGGUUCGUUAGGAAAUGGUAUUCUUCGUGAUGAUCAAGCUGAGGGGACUGGAAAUGAAGUGAAGAGGUUCAGAAUGGACGAGACCAGGGUCUGCAACAAGUGCUGUGCUGAAUUCUUUGAUGAAGAAGAAUUUCUUGAGCACGAGAAAAACUGCACUAAAAGUCAGCAAGUGGUCAUCAUGAAAGAUGGCAAUGAAGUGCCUGAGGAAUAUUCACAAGGCUCCCCCGAAGGCCUUACGAGUGACCAUGAUGAUAGCCAGUCCAGCAGUCAUUCCCUAUCAAAUGUCAAUACAGACCACCUGGAAAGAACAGAGGAAGACUCCAGCAUGAAUGCAGAGGACUCGGAACAACAGGAUCAGGCAGACAUGGCUGCUAGCCCUGAGAUGACUUUCCAUCAGCCCUUAUCCAAACGGCAAGAUUCAAAUGUCACUCUUGAAACCAUGGCAGACACUAAAGUGGCUGUCUCCCAACAUUCUUCAAUUAAUAAAUCUCUGACCUCAUCACAGGAAGCUGUGCAGGCCAUCCCGAUGAUCUUGGAACAGUUAGUGUGCCUCCAGCAACAGCAACUACAGCAAAUCCAGCUCACAGAACAGAUUCGAAUCCAAGUAGCUAUGAUGACUCCACAGGGUCUCCAGUCAUCAGUAGGGGCAGUAAUGGACCCACUGAAAGCCCUUGGUGCACAUCUCUCUCAACAGCUGUCUGCCGCAGCAGCUCUGAUAGGAAAAAGGACCGGCAGUCAGAGCCUUUCUAUGGAGACAAUGAAGCAAAGUAAACUACCUCUCCCAACUGACAUCCCUACCUCUCUACCUGGAGGACCGGGUUCAAUGACAUCUAAAACAGACAUUUUGAAGGGCAUUCCAGAUCUGGCUAGCCGUUUACCAGCACUACUGCCACAGUCACCAGGUGUCAUGGGUUUCCCUAGCACCUUCAAUGGAAUCCAAGCAGGGAUUGAGUCCUCGAAAAAAGUGAAGACGAAGAUGCUGAACCUCCCACCAGAAUCGAAGAACGGUGAUUCAUUAUACAAGCACAAGUGUAAGUACUGCGGAAAGACCUUUGGCAAUGACAGUGCUCUCCAGAUUCACUUGCGCUCUCACACCGGCGAGAGGCCCUUCAAGUGUAACAUUUGCGGAAACCGCUUCACAACAAAAGGAAACCUCAAAGUGCAUUUCCAGAGGCAUAAAGACAAGUAUCCUACUAUCAGCAUGAACCCACAUCCUGUGCCAGAGCACCUUGACAAUAUUCCCACCAGCAGUGGCAUUCCCUUUGGCAUGUCUGUGCCCAUGGAUGAGUCAAAUUUGACUGAAAUGAAGCCUCUGAUAGGCCAUCCUGCUGCUGGGUUCCACCCAUCAUCCAUACCAGGUUUGAAGACAACAUUUGACAGCUUUGCAGGGGACCCGUUUUCCCAGAGACCCUCGCCAUCAACAAGUGAUGGCUCCCCAUCCGUUUCCUCAAAUGUGUUUGGCCAUGAGACAGGACUGGAGCCGGCUCAGAAGGAUGCUAAAGAACUGCUUGGAGCGCUGCAUCAUAUGAAUGGUAGUGCCCUCCCAGGAGAACAAAGCUCUGGAACUGCAAAACUUCAGCAGAUGGUGGAUGGCCUGGAAAAGAGAACCAGUGACCCCAACGAGUGUGUAAUCUGCCAUAGGGUGCUCAGUUGCCAGAGCUCCCUCAAAAUGCAUUACCGUACACACACCGGCGAGAGGCCUUACAAGUGCAAAAUCUGUGGCCGCGCAUUCUCCACCAAGGGCAACCUCAAAGCCCACUAUGGAGUGCACAGGGCUAACACGCCUCUUAAAAUGCAGCACUCAUGUCCCAUCUGCCAGAAGAAGUUCACAAACGCUGUGGUUCUGCAGCAGCACAUUCGUAUGCACAUGGGUGGGCAGAUCCCCAACACCCCAAUGCCAGAAAACCAGUUUGAAGCAGCAGAAGCAAUGGAGCCAUCCCUACCAGAGGAGACACCUAUGGAUGCCAAUGGUUUUGAAGCAAGCAUGGAGGACCACGAGCCAGAGCUGCACUCCCACAAGCCAAACGACACCUCAGAUUCCCUCCCAUCUGCGCCUGAGGAACAACCACAGCAGCAUGCUGCCCCUGCCAUAUUUUCCAGCCUGGAUGUUUUGAAGAAUCUCACCUCUGCUCUUGCACUGAAACGACAGAGUAGCACCGCUUCGGAAAGCGAGGGGACACCCAAAGAAUCCCCAUCAGCUCCUAGAGAGCAGGAAUAUCAUAAUGGCCGUAGUCCUGCCGUUUCUGACUCUGCCAUGUCGUUUCACUCAUCUUCCCCAGUAAACAACAAUAUGAGUAGUUGCAAGUCUCCUGAAUCUGCUGUUGAUGAAUUUGCCUGCAGUGUGUCAAAACCAGAAUCUGAUGGUGGUGCUCAAGGUGGCACUGAGUCAAGUGGAGCCCUUGACCUUACAGCAUCCAGCAGCUUCAUCCCCAAAGCGAUCAAAGAAGAACCUGGCAUUCAAUUCACAAAUGGAGACUAUGUUCCUAGUAACAUGCCUUUCAUAAGGAUACCAUCAAGUCUGGCAAGUCUGGAGAUGAAGAUUCCUCCAGAGAAUUCUUUGGGCCCCCAUGGUUUGUUCAGCUCCCAUAUGCCUCAGGGAACAGCCAUGCCCUCCACCAUCUCCACCGCACCGCGACGAUCAACCAAACAGCACGUGUGUAAUGCCUGUGGCAAGAACUUCUCAUCUGCCAGCGCCUUGCAGAUCCAUGAGCGUACUCAUACAGGGGAGAAGCCUUUUGCCUGCAACAUCUGUGGCAGGGCUUUCACCACCAAGGGAAAUCUAAAGGUGCAUAUCGGCACUCACAUGUGGAACAACUCGUCACGGCGUGGCCAGCGUCUGUCUCUGGAUAAUCCCAUGGCGCUGAUGGCAAUUAGCUCAGAGGCUAAGAUGUUGCCAGAAAUUAUGCAGGCCCCCAAAGAACUGGGUGCUCCACAAAUGAACUUUGACACGUCUCUGUGGAACCAGUAUGCUGCUGCCUUCAGUGGUGGCCUGACCAUGAAGACCAAUGAAAUUUCUGUCAUCCAGGGUGGUGGCAUCCCACUCCCUGGGAGCCCUGCCGGUGGACCUCUGAUUGGAUCCACUGGAGGCCUCAUGAAGAUGGAUGGAUCCCACUCCGGCUUGCCUGCCUCAAUGGCCGAAAUUGAGAAAAACAGCUCCGACAGUGUGCCAAAAUCGCAGUUUCCACAUUUCAUGGAGGAGGGUAAAAUUGCAGUUAAUUAGUCAAUUUAUCACCCAAACACAGUUUUUGAAUGUCUCCUUUUUUUGAAUGAGGUACAAUCAAUAUUCAGAGAAAACUUUGUAGCAUUCUGCUUAGAUGUUUGAAUUUUUCCAGUAACUUCAUUGCAGCUCUCUUCCCUCCUGAUCUGAACGAUUCUCAAGUGUUAUUUUUAGUUUGAACUUGAUAUAACUACUGUAGUUGUAUUUUAUAUAAAUACAUAUGCGGGUAUUUUUUUUCCUGUGACUUUUGUUUUUGUUUUGCUGUCUAUCCAGAAGUUUGAAUGUAUAACUUGAAACUGCUUUAAUUCAGACUGUCUCCCUGAUACAUUUGAAGGAUUUUGACUUUAAUAGGGGAAAGUUGCAGGCCAUGACUUUUAAGGACACCAUGUCUCGGUAUUCAGAAAUAAUGGUGUAGUUAACCGUAUGUAUCUGUAAUGACUACUUUCCCUCCUAUUGUGUGCCAUAGGUUUUAUGACAUUGUACAUUUUUGUAGUGGUAAAUAUCAUUAGCAUGUCUCAUUUUGAAGGGGCUUUUGAUCACAGAUUAUUCCAGUGUCUUGUCUAUUCAGUCAACAUGCAACAGUUCAGUCUUCAGUUACGGAUAAUGUAAAUUAUAAAAUAAGCUUUCAUCUUUUGUUGCAUCGGUGCUAAGAUACAGUAGUUAAUGACUCCAAACCUUUUGCCAAGUGCCUAACCUGAAUUGUACAUGUUGCUGUUGUCUUUCACUGCACCAUAAGGUUGUCAUGAAGGCUCUCUUGGACUGAUGAAUUAGUAUGUUGUACCGUGUAGCAUUACAGGUAUUUCAUAUUUUCAUCGGUUUACAAAAGUCAACCCCCUCCCCCAACAUACUCCACUUGUAAAUCUGCAGUUUCAAAAAUAGUUGGCUGAGGUCUGAAGGCUAUUGUAUGCUUAAUGUUCUCACGCCUGCACUUUAUUUCAGGUUGUAGUUACAUUUACAUUUUAUAGUUACAUUUCACUGCUUUUAUUGUGAUGGCUGAACAGGGAAAGGGCAAAUCAACGAUUUUGUUAACUUUUCCUUCCUGUCAGAUUUUUGUUUGAAACAACCAUUUAGAUUAAUUGUCAGACACAACUUUUCUCUAGGUUAUCUUAUCAACUUGUAGCAUCUAUUUAUUUAUAAUUCACCAAAUGCUUGAGUUUAGGGGGUAAGUUCUACCUCGUUUAGAUUUCAGUUGGCCUCCACGCUCCCUACUCAACGCAAUACUCUGUACAUUUUUCCGAUACAUUCUUGAGUAUGCGAUAAGAUUUUUCAUUCUCAACCUGCUGAGUUGAACAGUAAUGAAUGUAUCACUGGACACUUUACACAACUCAGAAUGGUCAGAGUACUUUGUAGCCCCCUGCUGUACAUUCCUAAUUGAUAUGCAUUUGCCAAGUUGUGCCUUUCUUUAGCAAACCAUGUCAAAACUGCUUUCAACUUGUCUCUACAAUUCAAGUGAUGUUGAGCCAAUUUGGCCUGUUUACAAUGUAAAUGUGUGUUUUGUUUUUCAAAUGUUUCCUUUGCCUAAUGUUUUCUGAUUUUUGAAAAAUAAAAUCAGGGUGACUUUUUCAA